AUGUCUACUCCAACACACGUCCUCAUCAUCGGUGCUGGCGUUGGAGGGCUUGCUUUGGCACAAGGGCUCCAAAAGUCAGGCAUUCCAUAUACUGUCUUCGAGCGCGAUCCGGGAUCGAACUACCGCGCACAAGGCUACAGACUCAAGAUCAAUGGCGAUGGCGCAAACGCUCUGAAGGCUGUUCUGACCAACGAUGACUUCCAAUACUUCCAGGACACUUGUGCCGAAUCGUUCCCUGGAGAAACCAACAUCAAUGCUUUGGACGGCAGUAUCCUUGCGAGUCGAGCUGGCGCUGGCAGCAGACCUGGUCCGGUACCAUACCUAGCGGACAGGACUGUGCUGCGAGACAUCUUGUUGCGCGGUGUCAAAGACAAAAUUGUGUUUGGCAAACAGCUCUCCCGCUACGAGGAAGUGGCAGACGGCGUUGUUGCUCAUUUCACCGACGGAACAUCGCAGCAGGGCUCUCUGAUUGUUGGUGCUGAUGGCGUUCACUCGGCAGUGCGUAAACAAUAUCAGCCAAACCACAGACCAAUCGAUACAAAUGGCACAUGUAUCUACGGCAAAACGCCAAUGACCGAGCAGUUCCUCCAGACUUUCCCAGCAAGAGCAUUGAAAUGGAUGACUCUGAUCUUGGAUAGGACACCAAUGACGCAGACUCUGGACAUCGAUGAGACCCCUGUGACUUUGCUCAUGGAACCAGUACGUUUUGUCGACAACGUACAUCGAGGAGAAGUCCCUGAGGAUUAUGUCUACUGGGUUCUGAUCUCGCGAUCGAAUAUCUUCGCAGCCGCUCGCAAGGAACUUGUAGCUUCGGGAAACGACGAAUCCGCCUAUAGUCUGUGUAUGCACAUGACACAGGAGUGGGAUCCGAGCAUCAAAUCUCUAUUCGCGCUCCAGGAUCGCACCCAGGCAUCGAUGUUGAACAUCUCGUCGGCAAAGCCUCAGAUCCCCCACUGGACUGCUUCCGAACGUGUUGUCUUACUGGGAGAUGCUGUUCAUGUCAUGUCUCCGUGUGGCGGUGUAGGAGCUGUGACAGCGCUCAAAGAUGCAGCCACUCUGCUUGAUGCACUUGUCAAGCAGGGCUCAGGCGUGGAAACAAUUGAUCCCUAUGAGACCAAGAUGAGGGAGUACGCUCGAAGCUCGAUCGAGAGAAGCUAUAUGGGUGGCAAGAAGAUGUUCGGACAACCCCGGUUCGACGAUUGUCCUUACAUCGGUUAG